ACCCUGGCCUGGGGCGCCACCACCGACCAAUGGAAGAGAAGAGCUCCUUGCGGUUCUACACGUGAAGUGCUCGGCGCUGGGAAGGCCAGCGACCCUACUGGAACAGUCGCGCUCUGCCGAGAGGAGGCGCCACGCGUGGCGACAGGUGCGGGCGCUGGGGCAACAUUUGAACCUCACUCCAUUUGGCGGAGAAGGAGGAAGAAACCGGGCCGGGUCCCCGCCUCUCGCGCCCCGGAUGGAUGUUCCCGGCCCGGUGUCCCGGCGGGCGGCGGCGGCUGCGGCCACCAUGCUCCUGCGCACGGCUCGGGUCCCCCGCGAAGGCUGGUUCUUGCCCACUUCGCUGCUCUGCUCCUAUGGCUUCUUCGCCAACCUCAGGCCGUCCGAGCCCUUCCUGACCCCCUACCUGCUGGGGCCCGACAAGAACCUGACGGAGAGGGAGGUCUUCAAUGAGAUUUACCCAGUAUGGACCUACUCCUACCUGGUGCUGCUAUUCCCGGUGUUCCUUGCCACAGACUACCUCCGUUACAAGCCCGUCAUUCUGCUGCAGGGACUCAGCCUUAUCGUCACGUGGUUCAUGCUGCUCUAUGCCCAGGGACUGCUGGCCGUUCAGUUCUUGGAGUUCUUCUAUGGCAUUGCCACAGCCACUGAAAUCGCCUAUUACUCCUAUAUCUACAGUGUGGUAGACCUGAGCAGGUACCAGAAAGUCACAAGUUACAGUCGAACUGCCACCUUGGUGGGCUUCACAGUGGGCUCUGUCCUGGGGCAGAUCCUCGUCUCCGUGGCGGGCUGGUCCCUGUUCAGCCUGAAUGUCAUCUCUCUUACCUGUGUUUCCGUGGCUUUUGCCGUGGCCUGGUUUCUGCCUAUGCCACAGAAGAGCCUUUUCUUUCACCACGUUCAUCCCACCUGCCAGGGAAUGAAUGGUGUCAAGGUACAGCAUGGUGGCGUCGCACAAAACGGCGGUAUUGUUAAUGCCACCUCGGCUUCUCACCACCUUCCGGGCUGGGAGGAUGUCGAGUCAAAAACCCCCCUACACGCCGGACAGCCUCCCACGGAGGAGCCGGAGCGCCCGGCCGAGCGUCUGCUGGUGCUGAAGGUGCUGUGGAGAGACUUCGCCGUGUGCUACUCCUCGCGGCCCCUGCUCUGCUGGUCGGUGUGGUGGGCCCUCUCCACCUGCGGCUAUUUCCAGGUCGUCAACUACACACAGGGCCUGUGGGAGCAGGUGACGCCCUCUCGCAGCUCCGCAGUCUACAACGGCGGCGUGGAGGCCGUGUCCACCCUGCUGGGCGCUGUGGCUGUUUUUGCAGUUGGUCACAUCAACAUACCCUGGUCCACGUGGGGGGAGAUGACGCUGUCUCUGUUCUCACUCCUGAUUGCUGCCGCGGUGUACACCAUGGACUCCGUGGACAGCAUCUGGGUCUGCUACGUGUCCUACGUUGUCUUCAGAAUCAUCUACAUGCUGCUCAUCACCAUAGCAACUUUCCAGAUAGCCACCAACCUCAGCAUGGAGCGCUACGCCCUGGUGUUCGGUGUGAACACCUUCAUCGCCCUGGCCCUGCAGACGCUGCUCACGCUCAUCGUGGUCGAUGCCAGUGGCCUCGGCUUGGACAUCACCACGCAGUUCCUGAUCUACGCCGGCUAUUUCGCCCUCAUUGCUGUGGUUUUCCUGGCUAACGGUACAGUCACUAUUAUGAAGAAGUACAGGAGGCAAGAGGACCCAGAGUCAAGUUCUCAAGUAACUACUAUAUAGGACACCGCUGACAAGCCGCUACUCAUGGCAGGGACUCCGCACCACCACGGCUCUGGGUGUAUUUCAUCUUUACGGUGCAGACAUGUAUUUGUGAAUGAGCACUUCAUGGCUUCGAAGCAGCCAGCUGACCAUACAUGUAUUCCUAGAGUAACACAAUAGUGUUCAGAGAAGCAGAAGUUUAUUCCGUGGGUAAUUUAAAGAUGGCUUUUUUCUGAUUCAAAAGGGAACUCGAUUUUGAAAACCAAGUUACUGCAAACAGUCAUGCAGCAUAGGCUGCCGUGUACUUGAGAGCAAGUGCGUGGUGUGUCAUAGGUCAAGCACUUCUGUAUCUGACGAGCCGGGUUGGCGGGGGUAGGGGGAGACCGGGGCUCCACGGGGACCACAAGAUGUUACAGCCCGAGGUAGAAAUAUGUUGUGACAGCACCUGCCUCUGUUCAACCGAAUUCUUGUUUUGUGUUACUCAUGUGCAUUUGUGUUUCUACAGAUGAAAGCUGUUCUCAUCACAAGCAAUAUUUGCUCUGGUUAGGUGUCCUGUCCUAUGAGGAGUGUGUAGCAUUUCUGAUAACUUAUUUUUAAAAACUCACUGUAUGAAUGUUCUCGGUUCCCAUCUUGACAGUUCUGUAUUUGUGUAGAUUUUUGUGAGAAGCACAUGUUUGCAUUAUUGAUAUGCUUCCCAGAGAAGCUCAUUUAGUUAGAAAAUAAGGCAAGUUUUGAAGCCUGCUAAUAAUUUGAAUGAAGAGACCUAAUCCAAAAAAAGUAACGCAGGUUUCCUCAUCGUUUAUUCUUCAGUAUGAAGGGCUGUUAAUUCCUUGAUGAAAAGUUAGAAUAUGGGCUAAAGACACAACUAGCCCACUCUGCACUUGCAUUCCCUUUUAUUUCCAAAAUAAAACGAAAAAGUCUUUUUUUAAAUAACUUCAUCUCCAUUUAGAGCUUUUAUAUUUGUCCUUCACAUCCAAGAUAAGGGUGUCAUUAGUAUUUGGAUUAUUCCAAGGCCUUUUCCACAAUCUUAUCCUCUUUGAUUAUUUCAAUGGGACAGGAACCAGGAUAGAUGUGAUCCCUGCAUUUUGUACAUUUCACCUGCCUUUUCUUCUAAGAGUGGAUCACCUAGAAUGUUUGCUUAAAGUAACAACUGCUAGUGAUUCCAUUUCCAAGGUACUUGAACAAACAUUAUUCUGUGUACAUUUAAUCCUCAAAUCAGUCUACCAAGUGGCUGCUAGAGUAUGGGAGACACGAACACUUUUUUAAUUUAAUAUUUAUUGCAGUUUUUUUUCCAUUACCAUGUAGUCCCCUUAUACUCCUCUCUCCGCUGUGAUCACCACAGUUGUUCGUGUCCAUGAGUCCUUUUCCCUUUUUGCUCAAUCCCUCGAUUUUAACGCCGCCUUUGUUGCCUUAUCUUGAAAAGAAUCUUGGGGUGGGGGGUUAACUUUUUUAUAGCAACACAGCUAAAGAGUGUGAGUAAUAAUGUCAAGACUGCAGAAUUGAUGUAUUUAUUUGGUUCAAGCGGAAGCUCUAGAAGCAAAUUAAUAGGAUAAGACUCGGUCAUUUUCCACUCACCUCUUUGCAGAUACAGGGAAGGGGAAAACACUAAGGGUGGGAAGGGGACAUAAUGUCAUGAAAGUGGCAGACUCUAAAUUUAUAUUUCAUCUUCCAUUUUAUUUUGCAACACAGGGAAUUGUUUACUCAGAAACAAAUGGAAAAGUGGUAUUCGAAGCGUUUCAUUUAAUUUUUUAACAUAAAAUGGACUGUGGUGCAAUCAAAUUGUUCACAUUACCAAAGCAUCAUUUGGCCUGAAUUGAAAUCAAAGUUCAUGGCACACAAAUGGAGCCUUUACACCCGACGCUGAUACGUUCACAUCUUUGGUGUGUGGCCACAUUUGUAGAAGCUGCAACCUGUUCGCAAAUUGUACUGUAUAUAGUCUUGCAAAUAAUUGGAAAUAAUUUAUUGUACUUUUAUUCGGUUCUGUAUAGAUUAUAAGAUUAUUUUUAUUAAAUAAAUAUUUUACAGUAUCUUUCCCCUUUUUCAUCAAAAUUAUUUUAAGUUAAUAAUUUGUCUUAAGACAAAUUUCAUAUUAAGCCUUCUCCUCAUAAUUAACCUUGUAUCCUGUUAAUUCUUCCAUUGCUUUGUGAUCAUUACCUUUGACUCUUCUCCUUAUUUCUGUUGUUUUCCUAGUUUUUUCUAGAACAACAUUGCAGUUUAUUUUUCUUGAUUUUGACACUUCUCACUUGUUUUUAAAAACUUCUCCCUUUUAGAAACCAAAAAGACCCACAUUCCCUUUCAUGUUAACUGGAUUUUAAAAAUAAAGUAAAUGAAACCAAAUCAAGGGCAGAAGCUACCAUCUUGUGUUUGUUCCAGCCCCAAAUACCGUGAUACCCAGGGAAGCAUUGGUUGUUCAUCGUAUCCUGGACACCAAAUCAGUUUUUUCUCGCAAUACCCAAAUAAGCACCUUUCCUUUAACACCCCCUUCCAAAACCGGCUUCCUCGAGGCAUUAAUUAUCACCAAAGACUUGGAAACUUUUAAUGCCCCCAUUAAAUUUUAAGAUAAAAUUUUCUGUUCUCAUACUUUUAUCCCCUGUACCUUAAUGCUGUAUGCCUUCUGUCUAGGGACUGUGCCUUAUUUUUUGUCUUUUGUUGCAAAACACAUCCA